AUGUUUGCGUCUAAGAGUGUUGUUGCUUCUAGCAGAGCUUUGAACGCCGGUGCGUCAUCUGCUCGCUUCGCUCGCGGUGCUAGAUUUUUUUCUAGUACAAAAUCAAUUUCUAAUAUUGGCCAAAAAGCUGUUGUCCCAGUAAAGCCAUCGCUAGCAAGAAGAGUGGUUUCUACCACUUUGAAAGUUUCUCUAGCGGCUUUGUUGGCUGGUACUGGUUACGUUUCCUAUGAAUUGUACAGGGAAGCUAAUCCACCUCCUCAAAUUCCUCAAGCUGCCACUUUCGCUAACGGUUCUCCAAGGAAAACCCUUGUCGUUUUGGGUACUGGUUGGGGUUCUGUGUCCUUAUUGAAACAUUUGGAUACUUCUUUGUAUAACGUUAUUGUUGUUUCUCCAAGAAACUACUUCUUGUUCACUCCAUUGCUACCUUCUACUCCAGUCGGCACCGUUGAGUUGAAGUCCAUUGUCGAACCUGUCAGAUCCAUCACCAGAUCUUCACCUGGUGAAGUUCAUUACUAUGAGGCUGAAGCCAAGGACAUCGAUCCUGUUGCCAAGACCGUUAGAAUAAAAUCUGCUACUAAAGACCAUGACUACGAACUUGAUUUGAACUAUGAUUAUUUGGUCGUCGGUGUUGGUGCUCAACCAACUACCUUCGGUAUCCCAGGUGUCUUCGAAAACGCCUCCUUCUUGAAGGAAAUUCCGGACGCUCAAGAUAUUAGAACUAAAAUCAUGAAUAACAUUGAAAAGGCUGCUACUUUGUCUGCUAACGACCCUGAACGCAAGAGAUUGUUGAGUUUCGUUGUUGUUGGUGGUGGUCCAACCGGUGUUGAAUUUGCUGCUGAAUUGCAAGAUUACGUUGACCAAGAUUUGUCUAAAUGGAUCCCUGAAAUCUCCAAGGAAAUUAAGGUUACUUUGGUCGAAGCUUUACCAAAUAUCUUGAAUAUGUUUGAUAAGUCUCUAUGGCAAUACGCCCAAGACUUGUUCGCCAUGGAAAAAAUCGAUGUCAAGUUAAAGACUAUGGUUAAGAACGUCAACUCUACUACCAUCACUGCCCAAUGUGGUGAUGCAACUGAAGAUAUCCCAUACGGUUUGUUGGUUUGGGCUACUGGUAACGCUCCAAGAGAAGUUUCCAAGAACUUGAUGGCUAAAUUGGAACAACAAAAUUCCAGACGUGGUUUAUUGAUCAAUGACAAGAUGCAACUAUUAGGCGCUGAAGACUCCAUUUGGGCCAUUGGUGACUGUACUUUCUUCCCAGGUCUUUUCCCAACAGCUCAAGUGGCACAUCAAGAAGCUGAAUACUUGACUGAAACUUUGAAACAACAAUACAAGAUUGAUCAAUUGAAAUGGGAAAUCUCGAAAACUACUAAUGCCACUGAAACUUCUAAAUUGCACUCCAAGUUGGACAGAAUUGUGAAACAACAAAAACCUUUCAAAUACAACCACCAAGGUACCCUUGCUUACAUUGGUUCAGAACAAGCCAUUGCUGACGUUGCUGUCGGUGAAUCCAAAUAUCAAAUGGCCGGUUCUUUCACCUUCUUAUUCUGGAAGUCUGCUUACCUAGGGAUGUGUCUCUCCUUCAGAAACAGAAUCUUGGUCGCUAUGGACUGGGCUAAAGUUUACUUCCUAGGUAGAGACUCAUCGGUAUGA